CCACACAACAACAAACGACUCUUGGUUCGUACUAUCAUCAUCGUCUUCUUCCUUCCAACCCUCCGAGCUCACUAGCCAUGGCUCCCACUGCUGGUCGCGUCAUCAAGUGCAAAGCUGCGGUUGCUUGGGAAGCGGGGAAGCCGCUGGCGAUUGAAGAGGUGGAGGUGGAGCCUCCGCGGGCUGGAGAAGUGCGUCUUAAAAUCCUCUUUACCUCGCUUUGCCAUAGUGAUGUUUACUUCUGGGAAGCCAAGGGACAAAUUCCGCUGUUCCCUCGCAUACUGGGUCACGAAGCAGCAGGGAUAGUGGAGAGCGUAGGCGAGGGGGUGACGAAUCUGAAAGAGGGAGACCAUGUUCUGCCGAUAUUCACCGGCGAGUGCGGAGAAUGCCGGCACUGUAAGUCGGAGGAGAGCAACCUGUGCGACCUUCUGAUGGUGGACUGCGACAGGGGUGUCAUGCUCAACGGCCGCGACUGCAGGUUCUCUAAGAAUGGGAAGCCCAUCUAUCACUUCCUGGGAACUUCCACUUUCAGCGAGUACACCAUUGUCCAUCAUCAGUGUAUUGCCAAGGUCAAUCCCGCUGCCCCUCUCGACAAACUCUGCCUCCUCAGCUGCGGUUUCUGCACAGGUUUCGGUGCCACAGUCAACGUUGCAAAACCAAAACCUGGUUCUACUGUUGCCGUCUUUGGACUGGGAGCUGUUGGGCUUGCGGCUGCCGAAGGUGCAAGGGUUUCUGGUGCAUCCAGAAUCAUUGGGGUUGACUUGCUGAAUAGCCGUUUUGAGCCAGCCAAGAAAUUUGGGGUGAAUGAAUUUGUGAACCCAAAGGAUCAUGACAGGCCUGUGCAAGAGGUGCUGGCUGAGAUGACAGGUGGUGGUGUGGAUUGUGCUCUUGAAUGCUCCGGCAGCCUCCAAGCCAUGAUGUCCGCAUUCGAAUGCGUCCAUCAUGGUUGGGGUGUCGCUGUGCUGGUUGGUCUGCCAAGCAAGGAUGAUGCGUUCAAAACUCACCCAGUGAACUUCCUGAAGGAGAGAACUCUGAAGGGUACUUUCUAUGGCAACUUCAAGCCCGUAUCCGAUAUUCCUCUUCUUGCGGAGCGAUACAUGAAAGGGGUACGUAACUAAAAUUCAUUAAGCCUCCCUGCUUCUGUAUUUGAUGAUUAAUGACCAAUGUAUGCAUAUAUUUACACACAGGAGCUGGAACUGGACAAGUUCAUCACUCAUUCCGUGUCAUUCAAGGAUAUUAACAAAGCGUUUGAGUACAUGUUGAAGGGAGAAUCCAUCAGGUGCAUCAUUCGCAUGCAAGAUUAAAAAGAAUCCAGCUUCUUCCUUUCUGUGACUGUGAAAGAACUAAGUAAUUGAGAACAAAAGAAGCUUCGUAUGUAUAUACACAAUCUCCAGUAGUAUCGUACGUCCGUACGUUGUUUUAUCGAAAAUAAGUGCAUUAUUGUACAUUGUUCCGAAUAAUAAGGAGAUUUUAUCUGAUGAAUCGCUA